UUUUUAACUUAUAUUGGGACUGACACUAAAGCUAUAACAACAUGUCUAUGAAGAGUAGAGGAAUGGGAAUAGGAGUGUAUGCUAAGUCUAUUAACUUGGUCCUUUUGGUGUGCUUAGGCUGCUUCUGUGCUGGAUUGGUUUUCAUUAACAGGAUGUGGACGGUGCCUGAAGCUAAUGAUAUUGCAAUAACUGCUAAACUCGAAGAUGCCCGUAUAAACUUAAAAUCUGAGAAUUAUCCAAAACUUAAGGUUGUACAGCAUAAAGGAAAUAACAGUGUGGGGGUCUUGGAUAAGACAAUAACAAAUUUGGAGACGGAAUUAACAGCUUCUAGGGCAGCACAUGAAUCUAUAAUGCAUGACUUUCCGACGUCGCGAAACAUGAAGAAUGUUGAAACAAAUGUGAAAAGAAAAUACUUUAUGGUUGUAGGAAUCAAUACAGCUUUUAGUAGCCGCAAGCGAAGGGAGUCUGUUCGUGCUACUUGGAUGCCACAAGGUGAGAAGAGAAUGAAAUUGGAGGAAGAGAAGGGUAUAGUGAUUCGCUUUGUUAUAGGUCGCAGUUCGACAUCUGGUGGUAUACUUGACAAAGAAAUUGACUCAGAAGAGAUGUUGCAUGGAGACUUCUUGCGCCUAGACCAUGUUGAGGCCUACCUGGAAUUAUCAGGCAAGACUAAGACUUAUUUUUCAACUGCUGUUGCGUUGUGGGAUGCAGAAUUUUACAUUAAAGUUGAUGAUGAUAUUCAUGUAAAUUUAGCUAUGCUAGGAACAACUCUAGCUAGACACCGUAUGAAACCUCGGGUUUACAUUGGCUGCAUGAAGUCUGGUCUUGUCCAUGCUCGAAAGGGAAUGAAAUACCGUGAACCAGAGUAUUGGAAAUUUGGUGAGAUGGGAAACAAGUAUUUUCUACAUGCUACAGGACAAUUAUAUGCCAUCUCAAAAGACUUGGCUAUGUAUAUAUCGACAAACCAGUAA